GAGAAAGAGAGGGAGAUGAUUAGUUGGGGCGAUCUUUACACCGUUUUAACGGCGGUAAUUCCGCUGUAUGUGGCUAUGAUCUUGGCAUACGGCUCGGUUCGCUGGUGGAAGAUUUUCUCUCCGGACCAGUGCUCGGGAAUCAACCGGUUCGUCGCUAUUUUCGCCGUCCCGCUCUUGUCUUUCCAUUUCAUUUCGACCAACGACCCUUACGCCAUGAACUUUAGGUUCAUAGCGGCCGACACUCUACAGAAGCUCAUCAUGUUAUUGGUUCUUGGAUUGUGGGCAAAUUUAACCAAGAAUGGGAGCCUUGAGUGGAUGAUCACCAUUUUCUCUUUAUCCACACUUCCCAACACUCUAGUGAUGGGCAUUCCGCUUUUAAUUGCCAUGUACGGUCCGUACUCAGGGAUGCUAAUGGUUCAAGUCGUGGUUCUCCAGUGUAUUAUUUGGUAUACGCUUCUUCUCUUCCUUUUCGAGUACCGCGGAGCCAAACUCCUAAUCAUGGAGCAGUUUCCCGAAACUGCAGCUUCCAUAGUUUCUUUCAAAGUUGAUUCGGAUGUCAUGUCGCUCGACGGCCGGGAUUUCCUCGAGACCGACGCUGAAAUCGGAAACGACGGGAAGCUACAUGUUACCGUGAGGAAAUCUAAUGCUUCGAGGAGGUCUUUGGGACCUUGUUCGCUUUCCGCAUUGACUCCGAGACCGUCGAACCUUACCGGAGCCGAGAUAUACAGUUUGAGCUCUUCGAGGAACCCGACUCCGAGAGGUUCGAAUUUCAACAACUCGGACUUUUAUUCCAUAAUGGGUGUUCAAGGAUUUCCCGGCAGGCAAUCGAAUUUCGGUCCGGCUGAUUUGCACUCCGUUCAACCAACUCCAAGACCAUCAAAUUUCGAAGAAAACAGCUCCGUUGUGUCUUCGAGAUUUGGGUUUUAUCCGGCACAGACCGUUCCUACAUCGUAUCCUGCUCCGAACCCGGAAUUUUCAUCCGUGAGGAAGACCGCUAAAGCUAGCCAACAUCAACAAGCUCAACAGCAGCAGCAGAAGGAGAAUAAUAAAGAGAAUCAUGAUGCAAAGGAGUUGCACAUGUUUGUGUGGAGUUCGAGUGCUUCGCCGGUAUCAGAAGCUAGCGGACCUCACGUCUUUGGCGGCAAGGAUUUCGGAGCUUCCGAGCAGGAUGCUAAAGAGAUCAGAAUGUUGGUUUCUGAUCACCCUCAAAAUGGGGUAAACAAAGUUAGUGGUGAAUUUAAUGGAGAAGACUUCAGCUUUGCUGGAAAAGAAGGGGAGCAAGAGAGAGAAAAAGGACCCAAUGGACUCAACAAGUUGGGCACCAUUUCGACGGCCGAGUUGCAUCCGGAGACUGUUGGUGGCAAACAAAUGCCUCCGGCCAGUGUAAUGACCCGCUUGAUCUUAAUCAUGGUGUGGCGCAAACUUAUCCGAAACCCCAACACAUAUUCCAGCCUCAUCGGACUGAUUUGGUCCCUAAUAGCUUUCAGGUGGCAUGUGAGUAUGCCGAAAAUAAUAGAGCAGUCCAUCUCCAUACUAUCAGAUGCUGGACUAGGAAUGGCCAUGUUUAGCUUAGGUCUGUUUAUGGCACUGCAACCCAAGAUCAUCGCUUGUGGGAACUCAGUAGCCACCUUCGCCAUGGCGGUUAGGUUCUUGACCGGUCCGGCUGUCAUGACUGCCGCCUCGAUCGCUGUAGGGUUACGUGGCACCCUCCUCCGCGUCGCCAUUGUUCAGGCGGCUCUUCCACAAGGUAUUGUACCAUUUGUGUUCGCCAAAGAAUACAAUGUUCACCCUGCAAUUCUCAGCACUGCGGUUAUCUUCGGGAUGUUGAUAGCACUGCCGAUAACGCUCGUGUACUACAUUCUUCUCGGAUUGUGAAGGUUUUAAGUCAUCUAGGGUUUGAAUUUCUGCCAAAUAUUCAGACAGGAAGCACUGAUCGAAACCGGAGUAUUUUCUGGGUUCAAAAAUCAUUGGAGAUGACUUGGGUAAAGAUAUUUUUACAUAGUAAAAUGUGUUCCCUCCCCGAUAAAAGGAUCAUGCUCUCAUUAAAACCCAAUUUCCUAGAGUAAUUUUUCACAAGAAGAUAGCAAACGGCACACUGAAGUGGGAAAAGGUUGGGGGCGGGGGCCA